AUGUCAGUACAGGUAGUCUCCGAUUUACACCUAGAGGCCACGAAAGCCUACGAUUACUUCGAAAUUGUCCCAAAAGCGCCUACACUGGCCCUUCUCGGCGACAUAGGCAGCAUCCAUGCUCACGAGGCGGAAUUCCUAGGUUUCCUCACCCGCCAACUCACCGCCUUCCGCACCGUUCUCUUCGUACCAGGGAACCACGAAGCUUAUCGCUCCAGCUGGCCCCAAGUCUUAGCCUCUCUCCGUAAACUCGAAGAUCAGUCCCGCAAUGACCCAUCACUUGGGGAGUUCCUCUUGAUGGAUCGCACGCUCUUCAGAGUUCCAGACUCAAACACCGUUGUCCUGGGCUGCAGUCUCUUCUCUUACGUGCCACCCGAAAGCCACCACGACGUUAGCAUGGGCUUGAACGACUUCUUUUUCAUUAACGACUGGGAUGUUGAUGCGCAUAACGAGGCACAUCUGCGGGAUGUUGCGUGGCUCAACGAGCAGGUCGCAGAGCUUGAGCAGACCGACAACAACAUUAUGAUCUUCACACAUUGGAGCCCAUCAAAGGACGUUCGUGCUGCGGAUCCGAAACAUGCUGGAAGCCUGAUUGCGUCCGGCUUCUCGACAGAUUUAUCUCAGGAGGUAUGCUUCAAGAGCAAAAAGGUGGCAGUCUGGGCUUUCGGACACACACAUUUCAACUGCGACUUCACUGUUUCACGAGAGGAUGCUUUACCUUUGCGGCUACUGGCCAACCAAAGGGGCUACUUUGCUGAGGCUGGGGGAUUCGAUGCAGAGAAGGUUGUGGCGGUAUAA